UGUCGCUCCGCUUCACCACAAAAAGGGCCUUUUGGGCUUUGACCGCCUGCCCGUCUUGCAUCGCUGUCCUUUGUGUCGUCCAUUAUCCGCUAUCAACGUCGGAAACCUUAUAGCAACAUAUCACAAUGGCGAAAUCCUUUACAGUUGAGCAAGUCGCGCAACAUAACAAGCCAGAUGAUUGCUACAUCAUCAUCGAUGGAAAGGUCUAUGACAUUACCGACUUUCAAAAGCAUCAUCCUGGUGGAAAGAAGAUCUUGCUAAAGGUCGCUGGACAGGAUGCCUCUGAACAAUUUGCCCAGUUUCAUAACAAAGGUUCUGUCAUGCAAAUGUGGGGAUCCAAACUCUAUGUUGGUGAUAUUGCAAGCGCCCAGCCCACCGAGACAGCCGUUUCAUCAGCAACAAGUCAUCUUCAUGCUAAGGAGACAAAGUCAUCAGAUCCCGCGGUGUACAGAGGCCAAUUUGGUGAACAGGUGCCCUUUGGAGAUCCAGCAUGGUAUCAGAAUUGGGCGUCUCCCUAUUACAAUGAAAGCCACCGUCGUCUUCGUGCCGUUAUGCGUGAGUUUGUGGAUCAUGAAGUCAUGCCCUUUUGUCAUGAGUGGGACGAAGCUCAAAAUGUGCCUGCAAGUCUCUUUAAACGGUUCGCGGAAGUCGGCAUCCUUGGAGCUAUCAUCGGAUGUCCCUGGCCAACAGAAUACUGUCCCUAUCCCCCACCUGCCAACAUUUCGCCAGAAGAAUGGGAUCCAUUCCACGAACUUGUUGUCACUGAUGAGCUGGCUCGUGUGGGAAGUAUUGGCGUUCUUUGGGCUGUUGUUAGUGGCGUCCGCAUUGGGUUACCACCCAUCCUCCAUUUUGGCUCCGAAGAACUUAAACGUCGAGUCGUCCCCAAGGUUUUGGGAGGAGAAAAGCGAAUCUGUCUGGGCAUCACCGAACCGAGUGCUGGAUCGGAUGUCUCGGGAUUAGUAACCGAAGCCGUUAAAUCACCCGAUGGCACACAUUACAUCGUCAAUGGUGAAAAGAAGUGGAUUACGAACGGUGUUUUUGCCGAUUAUUUUACUGUGGCAUGUCGAACGGGGGGCAAGGGUCAUGGUGGUGUAUCUAUGAUUGUAGUGGAGCGGACAGAAGGCGUCACGACAAAGAGGAUGAAGUGUACUGGGGUUUGGCCAUCUGGCACGACGUACAUCACCUUUGAGGACGUCAAGGUACCGGUAGCAAAUCUCAUUGGUAAAGAACACGAAGGCUUUAAAUAUACCAUGUACAACUUCAACCAUGAGCGACUAGGAAUAUGCCAGAACGCCGUACGAUUUGCCCGCGUCUGCCUAGAAGAGUCUAUCAAAUACGGAUCCAAGCGGAGGACAUUUGGAAAGCGACUGGUGGACCACCCCGUUAUCCGCGCAAAAUUAGCCCACAUGGCGAGACAGAUCGAAUCUACUCAACGAUGGGUUGAGGAUGUGACGUAUCAGACCAAGAUCCUGCCAAAGGAAGAGCAGGAUAAAUUUUUGGGUGGUAGCAUUGCCUUGCUGAAAGCUCAGUGCACUGUCACGUUUGAGUUCUGUGUACGAGAAGCUAUUCAGAUAUUUGGAGGGUUAGGGUAUACUCGAGGCGGGCAGGGAGAGAAGAUUGAGCGCUUAGCGCGAGACGUUAAGGCCUACACCAUUCCAGGUGGUUCAGAAGAGAUCAUGCUUGAUCAAGGCAUCAAAAUGGCUCUCCGUCAGGCGUCCAAGCAAGGGGCCAAGUUAUAGAUAUUCAGCUGUUUCCGUUUUUAUAUGAGUCAGAUCCAAAUUGAAAACUGUUUUUAAUUAGCGUUAGGUAGAUAGCAUUUGACCUUGUAUCAUAGGUGUUGUGAAAAAUAAUGAUAUUGGUGCACUGAAA